AUGUGGACACCUUGGAUGUUAUUGACGUUAAAGGAAACCCCGAAGACAACUUCAAAUCAGUUUUUUCCCCCAGUAGGCUACCACGCUAACAGUAACCCAUCAGUGUCCACUUCAUCCCAGCUCAUCAAGGCCAGCGAGCUAACAGAAGGUUUCGGAUCAUCCAACCAAAAUCCAGCUCUUGCCGAAACAGGACUGUCUCCAUUAUUUUGGGCAGAGAAUUAUCCUGAAUCUGCAAGGACCAGUAACCAUCAGCCUUCUCCAGUUCCUGAAAAAUGCAGAAUCAGCCAUAUCUAUAAAUCGUCUCUACCUCAAAGUUCUCACACUUUGGAUGGUAUUGACGUUAAAGGAAGCCCCGAAGACAACUUCAAAUCAAUUUUUCCCCCAGUAGGCUACCACGCUAACAGUAACCCAUCAGUGUCCACUUCAUCCCAGCUCAUCAAGGCCAGCGCGCUAACGGAAGAUUCGGGAUCAUCCAACCAAAAUCCAGCUUUUGCCAAAACAGGACUAUCUCCAUUAUUUUGGGCGAAGUAUUAUCCUGAAUCUGGAAGGACCAGUAACCAUCAGCCUUCUCCAACAUCUUAUCUGAAAAGACACAUGCGAAUACACACUGAGCAGCCAAUCAUUCCUCUACUUAAAAAAUAUCUUAGCAGCAAACCAAGAAUUCUUCAUCCGCCAACCAGUCGAUUCAUCACCUUACCGCUUAACGGUUAUGUACCAGAACAACGAGAACAUCUUAGCAACAAGCCAAGAAUUCUUCAACCGCCAACCGGGCCAUUCAUCAAUUUACCAAUUGACGCUUAUGUACCAGAACUAACCAAACCAGAAGAUUUGAGUAUCACUACGGCACGACUUCAAAUUAUCUAG